AUGAGGAUCACCCAUAAAUCAAAGAGAGCUGUGGCUCCGCUACCACAGGUGGUGGAGUUCAUCAACAAACUUGCGGACACCCCCAAUGAAGACCUUCCUGAGGUCCUGUCGCAGAUCGACUCGUGGAAAUGGCCGCGGUCGGACCUGAACGCGUGGAUCAAGGUCCUCAAUAAAUUCGACGAGAUCCUGGAGGAGGCCAUCCGCGACUACGACAUCGACAACCUCCAAGUGAACGUGUUCACCCCCCUCACGAAGAAGACUAUCUGCGAGAUCCUCCGCUUCGAGCGUCUGCUGCUCGAAAACUCGACGAAUAGGAAGACGUUCAACUCUUAUGACCGUCUGAACAAUCUCAUGUUCUCGUCUGAUCUGGACGUGCUCAUCCUCGCUUUAAACCUCUUGCUUCGUCCUGCGCAGCAGUACUCCUCGCAGCCCGCUGUCUCACAUGCUCUCAGCAUCUCCACCCCACGCCUCACAUCACUUGCGAAACGGUGGCCAAACCUUCGCGACUACGACAUCAACCUAGUGGAUUUGGUCUCUGAGAAGGGCAAGGCGCAGAUUGAGGCGCUGCCCACUGAAGCACGCGAGGUGAACUUUGUGUUCUACCGACAAGCGCCAUCUGGUGCUGCGGCAACCAAGGAGAAGGAGAAGGAAAAGGAGAAGCCCGUGGAAGGCGAUGUGUUCGACUCAGUCGCGCAGACUCCUAGUCGGAAGCCAGCGGGGACGGUCGGUGGCGCAAAUACCGCGUCGACGUCUUCUGGCGCGGUGACCAUCCAUAUCGACAGCACAACCAUUCAGUCGAAGCCCGCUAUGGACAUCCUGGCCGACGCCAUCGAGGCGCACAACGUGCCUGAUAGCGAGAAGUUUGAGCUUCUUAUGCGCAUUCGGGGUGCGCAGGUGAUGACGAACGAGCACGCCGCCGACCGCGAGAAGCUGGUGAUCGUCCGGCUCUUGGCGACCGCUAUCUUUGGUCACACGCACUCGGACUCGCAGGCUCAGUCCUCUCUGUUCUUGUACGAGCCUGAUCUGAUCGCGCAUAUUGCGGAGCUCCUGCAGCUUGACCGUGGCGUAGACGGACAGGUGCAGACUGCGUCCGUGGCGGCGCUUGACGCCAUGUCGCGUUACAGGUCGAAGAUCCAGGACGUGCUUACUGCCGUGAACGCUGGAGUGAACCACGGUAUCCUGAUGGCUCUCUUGCGGAAGACUGUCUCCGACGUCGCCCAGCCGACUUCGACUCUGCCCCAAGCGUUCGUGGAGGCGCUCUUCUCGUUCAUCACCUUCCUAGCGACACAUUCUUCGGGCGGGAACAUGAUUGUCGGGGCUGGUCUUGUUCCGGUGCUCAUUCAAGCUAUCGAGAACAGGCUCCCCAACCGUCUCUAUCUCGUGUCGAAGACGAUGCAGCUCCUCGAUAACGUGCUGUAUGGAUACAACAACGCAUUCCAGUUGUUCUGCAACGCACAUGGUGUUGACAUCCUUGUUGACCGUAUUCAGUAUGAGGUUGAUCUCGGCAUUGAGGAGUGGGCCAAUGACGGUACCCCGAACGAUGUCGUCGCAUCCUACGGAAAACUGUCCGUUGCUCGAACGGCAGUACUGAAGCAUACGAUGCGCUCUAUGCACCGAAUGAUGCAGUCGUCAGGAACAUCCGAGGGCCUUCGGGGCCUCCUUGAUUCAUCGCUGCUCAAGUCUGUCAAGAAGGUGCUGCAGAAUCGCGCGAUCUUCGGACCUAGCGUCUUGGGUCUGGCUAUCAACAUCAUGUCUAUCUUCGUGCACAACGAGCCAACGUGCCUUCCAGUCAUCCAGGAAACUGGACUCCCGGAGGCCUUCUACGGCAUCGUCGAGAAGGGUCUUGAGCCAGUCAUCGAGAUCAUCCAAUCCGUACCGAAUGCUAUCGGCGCUCUGUGCCUCAAUCAAGCUGGUCAAGACCAGCUGGCGGCUCGCCCGAACAUUAUUCCCAGCAUCUUCUACAUCUUCACAUCUGAGGAACACCAACGCGUGCUGCAAGAGAAGGAGAAUGCUGUCCUCAUUGGGACCUCGCUCGAGGAACUCAUCCGCCAUCACCCGUCCCUGAAGGACAAGGUCUUCAUCGCGCUGAAGGCGACUAUGGCCAAGAUUGAGGAGCUUGGAAAUUCAUACACGCCCCCGAACGAGAUCAAGCAUCUGUACCGUUUGCAGCCUACAGUACCUGCGCCUUCAGUAGCGCCGGCUGCCGAAACUGGGGCUCCUAUGGAGGUGGAUGCAACGACUGCGGCCACUAGCACGGCAGUGCAGACACCUGUAGAGCCUGCUCCUCUUCCUCCUGCUCGAGAUGACCUGUACAACAGGCCGCAAGAUAACAUCAUCAUUUCAUACAUCGACGUCUUCGGAAAGUUCCUUGAGGGCUUCUUCCAGCAUGUACCUCACUGUCGUGACUUUGUCGCUGAUGCUGAGGGUCUUGACCAUCUGGCGCGGUUGACGGCGCUCCCGUGUUUGCCAUAUGACUUCGCCAAUUCUGUUGGAUCGGAUUCCCUCGUCCAGGUCAUCCGCACUAUGGCUGAGGCUGCGACGACUGAGACCUUGGCGUUCCUGCUCAAGCUCGUGCAGGAUUCCCUGGAGGAGUGCAAGGACUUCUGGGAGUCAAUGGAGGAGCGGCCGAAGCUGCUAUCUCUGGUGGAGUUUGCUGCUGGCGAGGACGAGCAGAAGGCGAACGAACGCUUCCGCAAACUCGUUACCCUCCAUGUUCGCACGUCCCUGCUUUCUGACAUCUAUGCUACUGCAGGAUACUCUCACGGGCGCGCAAGCGCUACGCUUCUGCAGGCUUUGCUGGGUCACAAGCCAUCCACUCUUGCCGAUCUAGGCUCACUCCAUAGAAGCUGCAUCUGGGAGAACAUCGUGCUUAAGGCCACUUUGUCGGCGCAAGAUGCCAGUGCAACGCCCCCACCGGCCCCGACUCCCUCCGCGCCCCCAGGUCAGGAGCCCCCGGCGUCGACUGCCACAGGUUCGCUCGUUGUCACGAGUUCGUCCACUGUUGUGAGCGCCAAUGGAGCAGCCACGGCCGACGCCCCGGCACCGGUGCCCUUCGUGAAGAAAGAGGAGAAGCCAAGGGACAAGAACGCGGCUGGCCUUAGGCAUCUCGUUAGCCAGAUGCCGUCGGCUCUGUCACCGUUCUUCCAAUCGGUGGUGAGGUUGUUCCAGACGCGCCGCAGCAGCGAUGUUGCGCAGAAGCAGAAGAUCAGGGAAGCUGCGGGGAUUUUGGCUGACGUUCUCGUCCAACACCUCGGUCCUCAAACCUUGAGUGAUAAGCUGUGCCUCUUUGCAUACUACACCACCAUGCUGAGCACGACGACGGUUUUACUGGUCGACGAGCGACCGUCGCAGAGGGUGCUUCAUACUGUCCUCCUUGCUGCGUUCGCGCGAGUGGGUGGCCUUGACUCUCUGUUCACAUUGUGUAGCGAGUUCGUGGCGACUGUCGACGCCGUUACGUCAGUGCACGCGGACCAACGGACGGAGAUCAUGAAGCAGGAACUCACUCAUGCUUACGGCGGUCUCAAGGUUUCCCUAGUCUUGCUGCAGCCUCUCGUAUCGUCUCGUCCGCUCUUCGACUCCACUCAGACCCCUAUGGCCAUCACAACGGACAAGAAGGACACGGAUGCAGAGUACUUCGAGCCUCACAACUUCCUGGUUCGCAUGCGCCUCGCUGCUCUGCCGCUCAUCCGCACUAUCUGGGAGUCGUCCUGGCUUACCGCAGCUCCCAUCAGCGUCAGCAAGACGGUCGUUCAGGUUGUGAUGGAGAUCCUCAACGCAGAGAACGAGGAGGCGAAAGACGUUCAGAGUGCUGCUUCGCUCCUAGGCGGCGGCGGCGGCAACAUCCCGAUGCCUCGUAUGGCCGCGCCUAACCCCGACGAGAACCGCAUCCAGCAGCUGGUCGACAUGGGCUUCCCGCGGUCUGCCGCUGAGCGGGCUCUGGUUCGCACUCGGAACAACGUGGCUGCGGCGACUGAGCUGUUGCUUGCCCAUCCAUAUCCGUUCCCUCCAGAUCCUGAGCCGGCGCAUCUGCCACCACUGCCUGUCGCCGAACCGGCGCCUCCUGUUGCAGAUGGUGACAUUGAAGCCGUCCCCGCCGAAGGUCAAGACGAUGUUCCCGCAGAAGCUCCAGCUGAUCCCCUGGCGGAACCUGUGGCGGAUGCCACAGCAGAGGCCGAAGUGCAAGGGAGCACUGGAAGCGCCACCCCCGAGGGAUCUUCCGAGACCAUUGCGGAGGGUUCGGCUGAGCAGUCCUCCGAAGCUGUAGAAGGAGCUGGGGAAGGCUCCAGCGCUGCUGCAGAACAGGAGCCUGCUGUCCCUGGUAAGAGCACCGAGGAGUGGUUGAAGGAGCUGAACGCGGCUCGGGAGCCCUUCAAGGAAGAACUGGGCCGGCGUGUACUGAGCCUGGUCGACGAACAUCCUUCGCUGGUCUUCGACGUCCAGAAGGUUUUCGUGGGCCCUGCAAGCGAGUACCGGACGCAAGCCGUCAAGGCAUUGAUCGACGACAUCCACGCGUUCUCCCCCAAGGCAUACGAUGUACAAGAGCAGCCUCUAUUCGUCCGCUGUCAUCUCCUCGCGCUCGUGUUGGGCGACACCUCCUCUCCGGCUGCCCAAAUGGCGGAUAAGGAGGCGGAGAGCCUCAUGAACGUCUUGUUGUCGUUGCUCCUGACGAACCCGGGUGAGGGCGGUCACCCUGUCAUCCCGAAGUGGCUGCCUGCGCAACUGCUCGUGAUCGAGUGUUUGCUGGUCAUAGGCGAGGCCCCUCGUUCGAUUACCUUGCCGAAAGAGGACGAACCGAUAGUCCGCGAGCCAAUCGCUCAGGGCACUCGCCACGCGGAAGCGCGUAACGCCCUCUUCGAGUUUUGCAUGCGUCUGCUCGCCGUGCCCACGCUCCCGAAGGACGAGCUUAUCUCCGCUCUGAGGAUAUUGGUUCUCCUCACCCGAGACUCCAGUGUUGCGGAGGGUUUCGUCAAGCGCGGUGGCGUUGCGAUGCUCUUCCAAUACAUGAAGAUCUCAUCCGGGACGCAGAGCGGCGCCGGAAUCCAGUCGUAUAUCGCCAUCAUCAUGCGGCAUAUCGUGGAGAACCCUACGAUCCUCCAGCACGUCAUGCGCCAACAGCUGCGUCAGUUCUUCUCUCAUCCACGCACCCGUGUCGUCGAUGUCGGAACCUUCGUCUCUGGCUGCAACUCCGCUGCUCUGCGCGAUCCAGAGGCGUUUGUCAAGGUCACCGAGGACUUGUGCCAGAUCUCGAAUCCGUACACUCCCACGAAGACGAUCACCCUUAAGCCAGCUGCUACGUCGGCGGCGCCGUCUCAACAGGCGACUGCUGGCGAGAAGGGCGAGAAGACCGACAACGCUGAUGACAAGAACAACGAGAUGCAGGUCGACGAAACGCCAGCACAACCUGCGCAGUACGCUCCCUCCGACACCAUCGAGACCCUCAUCCACUACCUGAUUGGAGAGCUUACAAGAACCGUGAAGACGGACUUGCACCCGGAGAAUGCUCCCGCGGACACGAGCAAGCCUGUGGAUGUGCCGGCCACGGCGGAGGUGCAUACGGAGAGCGGCCAGCCCUCUACCGAGGUCAAGCCCCCUCAAGAUCCAGUCGACUACACCUAUCCUUGUUUCAUCAUGCAGGUCAUCACCGAGCUGCUCUUCUCCUACGACGCUUGCAAGAUCGCCUUCCUGUCGUAUUCGCCCAAAAAGCGCAACCAGACGCCUGCCAAGGAGGGUUCCACUAAGCACAGAACCGCUGCUAUCCAAUUCCUGCUGUCUGACCUGCUCACGUUCGGUACGAUUAACCCGCAACCUCCCGCCGACGCUCGCAAGCAGAUUACGCUCUGCAACUGGGCGAUGUCGGUCAUCGUCGCUCUUUGCGUCGACACCACGGUUACGCAAGACAUCAAGGACGUCCCUACUGAGCUCGUCUCCAUCCGCAAGUUCGUUCUAGAGGCGAUCAGCCGCGCCUUGAAGGAUCUGCCCACUUCGGAGAACACGGAGAGCCGCUACAGCCGCCUCCUUGCGCUUUCUGACUUGUGCCAUCGCCUCUUGACCGUUCGCUUCAACAGUGGGAAGAAGGCUGGCGACGAGGUCCCGACUCACAUUGCGAAAGUCAUGCUCGAGAAGAACUUCGUCUCCACCCUCACCAACGUUCUUGCGGAAGUCGAUCUCAACUAUCCCAACAUCCGCAACGUCGUCUCCUCCGUACUGCGCCCUCUGGAGUAUCUCACAAAAGUCGCGAUGAAGAUGAGCCGCGUCUCCGACAAGGUGAAGGAGCUCCCAGAAGAGGAGGUUGAAAGCUCUGAAUCCGAUCUCUCCGAGGAAGAGGACGAAGAGGACGAAGAAGACGACGACGAGACGGAGAACCCUGAGAACGACGCAGCUACCGACUUGUACCGCAACUCUUCGCUGGGCCUGUUCGGCGGAGAAAUGGAGGACGUUCACUACGACGACGAAGACAUGGAUGACGACGGUGAAGAUGACGAGGAUGACGACGUAGAGAUGGACUUCGGCGACGAGACAGGCAGCGAAGAUACUUCUGCAACCGACGAUGACGUGGAAGGGGCACUUGGCGAUGAAGGCGAGUCCGAGGAUGAAUGGCACGACGAAGAGGAGGAGGAAGAGGCCGGCCUAGUCGAGAACGAGGGUGAGCCUAUGGAUGACGACGCCGAGGACGAAGAAGAAGAAGACGAAGGCGACGAAGUAAUGUGGCAGGAUAUUGCCGUAGGCGACGGCGACGGCGAAGAUCCUGGUGACGAAGGCGACGAGGAAGACGCUGGUGACAUGCCUAUCCCACCGAUGGGCAUGGAUGAUGAAGCAGAUGUACUCUCUGAGGGCGACGACGAGUUCGCAGAUGAGCUCGGCCUUGUCGAUGAGGCUCAUCCAGGCCCCAAUCUCUUCGACUUGGCCGCAGGAGUUGCAAAUGCUCUUGCCACUGGUCCAUUCACCGCCGGACUUGGCGGUGGUGCAGAAGGCCAUCCUGUCAUGUGGACAGGUUCCGUGCGAUCAUCUCGUCGCCGUGUUGCUGACGACGACUUGGAGAUCUUCGGACGCCCCCGUAAUCUUCCUGCCGCAUCUGCCGAGAACGUUACCCACCCGCUUCUCCUUGAUCCCGCUACCAGCGCGGCUCGGUCAUCUCAGGCGAGAUCGUCACGGCGAGGACAAAGAACCCUGCUAGCUGGAGGACUCGACGCUCAGAUCUUUGACGACACAUGGGGAGAGGGGGCAACCCAGCUGCUCCAGCAUAUCCUCUCGCACGGACACGCGAUCGGUAACGAAGCCUUGCACAUCAAUGUUCCUGCUGGAGUGCUUGGCUCACUGAACCGCAACGGUCGCGCGGGUGCUAUUUCAGCCUCCAUCCGCCUGGAGAGGGCUCCGAGGCCUGGAGAUGCACGGACGGAAGGUCGAUCUCUCGAACCUCUACUCACUACGCAACGGUGGGGCGAGGAAGCCAAAAUGCUCCAUGGCAGGUUCGAGCAGACACGGCUGUCCAAGUUGCAGAACCAUGUGAUCAUUGCUCUUCUUCCGGCUGCAAUUGAGGCGUACAAGAAAGCCAAGGAGGCUGAAGAGCGAGAGCAAGCACGUCAACGCGAAGAGGAGGCACGGGUAGCGGAAGCCGCCGCGAAGAAGGAACAGGAGGAGCGCGAAGCCGCCGAGAAGGCAAAACAAGAAGAGGAAGCCAAAGCUGCUGCAGAGGCAGAGGCCGCUGCCUUGCAAGCCGCUGCGGACGCCACAUCCUCCGCAGCCACGGAUCCGGACGUAGAGAUGGCAGACGCGACAGAGGAGAAUGUCGAGGCGAGCGCUGAGACACCAGUCGAAGAAAACGGCCCCGACGCCGCAGAGUCGUCAACACGCCAGGAAGAAGCUGCAGCGCCUGAGAGAAUCAUGGUCACCAUCCACGGCAAUCCCGUUGAUAUCACCGACACCGGCAUCGACCCUACCUUCCUAGAGGCACUGCCCGAUGACAUGCGCGAGGAGGUUCUCAACCAGCAUGUCCGUGAUCGGCGAGCGGCCCAAGUCGAGCGUCCCGCCGAUUCGCAGAUCAGCGCAGAGUUCCUCGAAGCUCUCCCUCCGGAUAUUCGUGCGGAGAUCAUUCAACAAGAAGCUGUCGAACGGGCACAACGGGUACGAGCUGAGCAGGCUAUGCCACAGCCGGCUGGGGCUGGUGUCGAUAUCGAUCCCGCUACUUUCAUCGCCAGCUUGGACCCUCAACUACGCCAAGUUGUGCUGAUGGAUUCUGACGACGUCUUCAUCCAGAGUCUUCCGUCGCACAUGAUUGCCGAGGCGAACAUCCACAGAGAGCACGGCCGCCCGUCAAGAACUCGACAUGUCGCUCCCGAUCAGGCUGCACGCGCGGCUCAGCCCCAGGCGGCUCCACCCACCAAAGCUCUGCCGUCCCGCGAUGCCAUUCAACUCCUCGACAAGUCUGCGCUUGCCGCACUGCUCCGUCUUCUCUUCUACCCCCACGUGCUCAAGAAGAACCUCCUCUACAAGGUGCUCGUCAACCUGUGCGAGAACGCCAAAUCCCGCACGGAUCUGUUCAACUUGCUCCUAAGCAUCCUCCAAGACGGUUCUGGUGAUCUAGCUUCGAUCGACAAGAGCUUCGCGCAGAUGUCUGUCCGCCACUCCAAGAGCACUGCUCCUCAGACGCCGAAGGCUGUGGGGAAACAGCGUGUCCCCACUGACUACUUCGGCUCGCUGUCCUUGCCUCAGAAUGAUGUCGUACCGGAGCUGAUCGUGCAACGCUGUCUGGAGGCUCUUACUUACGUCGUCAGCUCUAACGAGCUCUCGUCUCUGUUCUUCCUCACGGAACAUGAGCUUCCUUUCGGUCUCCGCCGCAGUGCGUCGAAGAAGGGCAAGGGCAAGGAGAAGCCAGCACCUCAGACACACUUCCCCAUCGUUCUCCUGUUGAGUCUUCUUGAUCGUCCCUCGAUACUGCGUACUCCCUCCAUCGUCGAAUCCGUUGUUGCUCUCUUGGCGACAGUCACCCGCCCCCUUGCUGGCUUGAAGAGCAAGAAGGACGAGGCAGCAGAGGGUAGCAAGGCAGCAGCAUCACCAGCAGCUGUUCAGCCGGCGCCAGGUACAUCCGAGCAAGCUGCAGUGUCACCCCCAGCAGUACCAGCUUCGGGCAGCGCUGCUCCAUCCAGCGCACCUGCUGCCUCGGCAACCGCGACCGCCACGGCGUCAGCAGCGCCUCCAGCGCCUCCAGCUGCAGAUGCUCCCAAGCAGCCCACGACCAUCGAGGAGAAGGUUCUUCUCGCAAAUCCGCCUCACAUUCCUCAUCAUGUUCUUCGACUGAUUGUCAACGUCCUCACGGCUGGCGAGUGCUCCGGACGCACGUUCGCGCAAAGCCUGUCCCUCAUCCAGCAUCUGUCCUUCAUUCCUGACGCACGGGAGGUCAUCGCUUCGGAACUCCGAGCGCGUGCACAGGAGUUCGGACAGAGCUUGCAUUCUGCCCUCGCCGAGCUCUCCGUAGCGUUGCGUGACGCUGAGGCUGAUCCCGAUGCGCUGGCGACCAUCAUCGCCUCCAAGUUCUCUACUGCAUCCUCCGACCAAGCCAAGUUGCUCCGGGUCCUGAAGACGAUCGACUACAUGUACUCGCCCAAGACCCCAGGAAACACCUCAGACGCUGAUAUUGAGAAGGUCCAAGGCAUCUACGAGAGCUUCCGGUUCUCCUCCCUGUGGCAACGUCUUGGGGACUGCCUAUCCAUCAUCGAGGAGAAGCCCGAGAUGGAGCACAUCGCGACCGUCCUGCUGCCGCUCAUCGAGUCCCUGAUGGUCGUCUGCAAGUAUGUAGGCCCGAAGAGCCCCUCAGGUGCCACCACCCGCGCUCUCCGCGGCUCAGCGUCACCCCGCUCUCCAUCGACCGCUCGCGAGUCCAUGGAGGACCUCUUCGUCAGCUUCACGGACGCUCAUCGGAAGGUCUUGAACCUCAUGGUCCGCAACAACCCAUCACUCAUGAGCGGCUCGUUCUCGCUUCUGGUGCACAACCCGCGCGUGCUCGACUUCGACAACAAGCGGAACUACUUCAACCAGCAACUGCAUCGCCGGCCACACAACCGGGAGCACCACGGCACGCUGCAGCUCAACGUACGGCGACAGCGCGUGUUCGAGGACAGCUUCCAGUACCUGCAGCGGAAGACGGGCGACCAGAUCAAGUACGGGAAGCUGAGCGUGCGCUUCUAUGACGAGGAGGGAGUUGACGCGGGUGGCGUGACGCGCGAGUGGUUCCAGAUCCUGGCGCGGCAGAUGUUCGACCCGAACUACGCGCUCUUCCAGCCGUGCGCGGUCGACAAGCUUACGUACCAGCCGAACCGCGCGUCGUGGGUGAACCCGGAGCACCUCUCGUUCUUCAAGUUCGUCGGGCGCGUGAUUGGCAAGGCCAUCUACGACGGGCGGCUGCUCGACGCGUACUUUGCGCGCAGCAUCUACAAGCAGCUGCUCGGCAAGCCGGUGGACUACAAGGACGUCGAGUGGGUCGACCCGGAGUACUACAACUCGCUCGUGUGGAUCCUCGAGAACGACCCUAGCCCCUUGGACCUCACCUUCAGCGUCGAGGCGGAUGAGUUUGGAGUGACGAAGCUUGUGGAGCUGAAGGAGGGCGGCGCGACGAUCCCUGUCACGCAGGAGAACAAGAAGGAGUUCGUGCAGCUAUCUGCCAACUACCGCCUGUACUCGUCCAUCAAGGAGCAGAUCGAGGCGCUCUUGACUGGCUUCUACGAGAUCAUCCCGAAGGACCUUGGCUCAAUCUUCAACGAGCGCGAGCUCGAGCUGCUGAUCUCCGGUACUCCCGACAUCGACGUCGACGAGUGGCGCUCUGCGACCGAGUACAACGGCUACACAGGCUCGGACCCCGUCAUCGUAUGGUGGUGGCGCGCGCUCAAGUCGUUCACGCGUGAGGAGCGGGCCAAGGUGCUCAGCUUCGCAACGGGCACAUCGCGCGUUCCUCUCGGCGGCUUCGUCGACCUGCAGGGCGUCCAGGGCACUCAGAGGUUCUCGAUCCACAAGGCGUAUGGCGACACGGACCGUCUUCCUCAAGCGCACACAUGCUUCAACCAGAUCGACCUUCCGCAGUACUCGUCGUACGAAAUGCUCCGACAGCAGGUCCUCCUCGCAAUCAACGAGGGUGGAGAAGGCUUCGGGUUCGCAUAGGCACGCACGCACGCACACAUCGCAGGACACCUCCUUGGUACUAUCAGUCGCAGUCCAUCCCGGCAGUCGUAGGCACGUAAUGAACUAGAAUCAGCAUCCGCACCAUCUGUACAUAUACUACACCCGCAUAUCCAACGUUAACGAAUCGUAUCCG